AUGUCGGUGGAUAUAGAAACGUUGUCUAGCAGCCGAUUGAUAACAGGGGUGAUUUUUCUUAUAUGGUACAUUAUUAUAUUGAUAGUUUCGUAUCGAGGAUUUUUUGAAAUUCGAAGCAAGUUCACUAGGCCGUCGGAAUUUAAGGUGAGUGAUGACACGCUCGAGGCCGUUAGUAUAAUACGUCCAAUUAAGGGAGUGGAUCCUGAGUUGAGUUCCUGCUUGGAAUCGUCAUUUCAGCAGAAUUAUCCUCGGGAGAAGUUGCAAAUCUUGUUCUGCAUCGAUAAUCCUGCCGAUGAGUCUAUACCCAUCAUCCAGAAAUUGAUAGAGAGAUAUCCAGACGUGAAUGCGACGAUUUUGGUGUCACAGGGGUAUAAUUUUGAUACGAGACGGUCGAUUGAACAUUUUGGACCGAAUCCCAAGGUCAACAACUUAUCCAAAGGGUUUUUGAAUGCAGACCAUGACAUAUUAUGGAUCAUGGACUCGAAUGUGUGGGCUUCACCUAAUAUUUUACGAAACUCGAUAAAGGCACUCAAUGAGGAUACUAACAACGGCAUACCUAACACGAGUAACAGAGAGAUCAAAUUGGUGCACCAUGUGCCCUUGGCAUUGAGUGUUAAUCCUAGCACCGAUACUGAUAGUGAUCUGGAAUAUACUUUGAGUCCUGUCAACUCGACAGGUCAGUAUAAGAAGAGAUUCUUGAAAAAACUUGGGGCUAAAUUGGAUGAAAUGUUCAUGUUAACGUCGCACCUGAAAUUCUACGUGUCGUUGAAUAACCUUGCGGUGGCUCCAUGCGUUAAUGGGAAGUCAAAUAUCUACAGAAAAUCAGAUUUAGACCUUGCUGUUGCCAAAAUUCCGUCUCUCAACUCAGCCUUUUUUUCAUCCAACUCAGUGCUAUCGGAUGCAAAAUAUUAUACCUCGUUGGGACCUGGGAAUUCUCUCAAAUUAUUCUCUCGUUAUAUCGGAGAAGAUAAUAUGAUUGCUAUAUGUCUUUGGGAAAAUUUGUUUAGCAGAACUGGACUAACAGGUGAUUUUGUUAUCCAACCCUUAAGUGGAGCCGAUAACACGGUCAAUGAUUAUAUCACUAGAAGAGUCAGAUGGUUACGUGUUAGAAAAUACAUGGUCUUGAUGGCUACGCUAAUUGAACCAAGUACCGAGUCAAUUGUUUGCGGGUUAUUUGGUACAUACGCUAUCUCUACCUUAUUGUGGCAUACGUGGUUUAAUUGGAAGUUUUUCCUCUUUCAUAUCUCGAUCUGGGUGCUAACUGAUUACACACAAUACUAUACUUUUAUUAAGAAUAUAUCAGAAGCAGAUUACCAAUUGAAUUGGCUACAAAGAUCAAAAUUACCUCCAUUAACUAGAUCUUUCCGUAAAUGGUUUUAUAUUUGGGUUAUGAGAGAAGUUUUGGCGUUGCCUAUAUGGAUAAUGGCUAUGUGUGGCCAUGAAAUCGAUUGGAGAGGCAGACCAUUCAAGAUCAAGAAAGAUUUGACUGCUGAAGAAUUAUAA